GUAGCGCCGCGACGCGGGGCCUAGAUCCGCUGCUUCAGUCACGAGGGCCGGGCGGCAGCUGAGUCGGCGGCGAGGAGCCUGCACCGCUCGCCGGGAGUCGCGAUGAGUUUACCCCUCAAUCCCAAACCGUUCCUGAACGGACUAACAGGAAAGCCAGUGAUGGUGAAACUGAAGUGGGGAAUGGAGUACAAGGGCUACCUGGUGUCUGUAGAUGGCUACAUGAACAUGCAGCUUGCAAAUACAGAAGAAUACAUAGAUGGGGCAUUGUCUGGACAUCUGGGUGAAGUUUUAAUAAGGUGUAAUAAUGUUCUUUAUAUCAGAGGUGUUGAAGAAGAGGAAGAAGAUGGAGAAAUGAGAGAAUAACAUCUUUUGUGGGUUUUUUAUAUGUAUAUUUCUAGGCAAUAAAGAUUUGUUUGUUUUUCAAGUUGA